UUUAAGUUUUUUAAUAAAUAAUUUUUAAUAACAACUUUUUAGCAACAAAAAUUAAAAAAUGUGUACACCCGAACCGCUUCAACUAAAUACAACAAAAGGAAAAUGUUCAAUCUCACCUUUCACAUGCAUUUUAAAGUUUUUGAUACGUUCGUUGGAAUGUCCGGAAAGUGAAAAGUUUAUUUCACGUUUUGAGGAUCAAUUAAAUCAAUUGAUUGCUGUUGGAGGUGUUAAUGUUUCCGUUCGCGAAUUAGCUGAUUUAAUAAAACUAAUUUCUUUAACGUUUCAAAGAAUCGAUGAAAAACCUGCUUAUUUAGAAGCUUUUUAUAAAUUAUUAAAUUUUAGUUCGCAAAAUUUGGUAUUUUUGAUAACCAGCGACAUGAUAAGUUAUGCUGAAAUUAUACAAGAUUUUUUCAACAUGCUGGGUUAUUUACUGGGUAGUACAGAAAAUCUGGAUUGCAUUCAACACAUUUUAAACAGCAUAUUAAAAAUGAUUGCAAUGGCAAAGAAAAAACCUUAUUUACAAUCAAAAGUACUUUUAGACGCUUUUGCAAAUAGUCAAAUACCACCGAUUUUUAGCGAAUUACUAUACAUAUCUGAAUUCGACGUUUACAUCAAGUAUUUAACAGUUUUAGAAAAAUUCUUUGUAUCGGAAAGCAUCUGUCAAGCCUUUUUAAAAUGUAAAGUUUUCGACACUGUCGUUCAAAGGGUUUGUUUAAAAUGGAGAGAUGAAAUUAAUUACCCAGAUGAAGUUCUUCCAACUUUAGAUUUACCACCACAUUUAAAUGUAACCCAAAGGAUUCUUUGGACAUUAACAAUGAUUUAUAACGAUAGCUCGACAACUUUUAAAAAUAGUAUUGGGUAUUUAGUUGAAGGAUCUUCUUUGAGAGGUCCUCGCAAUGUUUUAAUAACAUUAAUAACAUCAAAUAAAGAUAAACACAUGAGAAAUAUGUUUUAUCUGCUUUUAAGAGCGAUUGCUGGUACUGUGCCUUUUCGUCAUUAUAGAAGUUUAAAUAAUGAAUUGCAUAUUUUAACGUUUACAACUGAAGUGGAACAAUCUCAUCCUUGGGCAAAAAGAAUGGUGUUACGUGCAGAUGAUCUUGAUUUUGAGUUUAAAAUGAUGCUGGUUUCAAUGUUAUGCAUUAAUAGAGUUUACCCACAAAGCUUAGAUCUUUUUAGAAAAAUGAAUGCCGUUCAAGGAAUUUUUACGUUAAUCGAUACAGAUAUACAAUUAAUUUGGUCGACUUAUCAACGGUUAGAAUUAAUGAAAGGGGCAUUAAUUGGAAUGGAAAAUAUGAUUUUUCAUGUCAUCGAUGAUUAUAUUCACUACGGGGGACCUGGUAAAUUAUUAAAAGUUCUUACAAAAGUUGUUGAAGGUGAACUACAUUCAACCCUUUUAUUACCAAUAUUAAGAUGUAUUAAUACAUCCUUAAACGUUCCGAGUAAUGUGCAAGAAAAGGUCGCUAAACUUUACAGAAUGAAACAUAUCAUUGAAAUUUUAACAACUACAAUUGAAAAUGUAAUUAAUGCUGAAUUCAUAACAAAAUUAAACUUAAGCUGUUUAGCUGUAAGUUAUUGUAUUUUGGAGAAAGUUGCGAAACCCAACGAACCAAAAUUAACAGACGUAACAAAAACGGGAAUUGCAAUUUUAAAAAAAUACUUAAAUCCAGAUCCUAGUAUUUCUUUCUUAGCACCGAAAGUUCUCAUUGCUGUGAUGAGUUUUAUAUGGGAAAAUGUAGUUUAUUGUGAAAACGGGAUACACGAAUUCAGUUCUACAGGUGGCGUUUACGUCAUCUUAGACAUAAUUGAGAAAUUUCCUCUUGCCAUUAAAGUUUUAGGUUUAAGCAUGAUAGCUGAUUUUUGUCAAAUUCAAGAAUUUCUUUCAUGCAUUUUAACUUGGAAAGGUAAAUCUGAACAAACGAUUGUUCCAUUUUUAUUGGAUAUUUAUAAAGAUCAAGCUCGUUUUGAUAAAGAUCACACUGAUAUAAAAUCAACACUUCAAGAUUUAGAAAAUCCAAUUUUUGGUGAUAAAUACAACGAAAUGAAAAAGAACUACAUCAACAACGAAUAUGCAAGUUUCGCAACUUUGGAUUUUUUAGGAAAUUGUAAACCAUCAAUCUACGCAAUUUUAACACUUUUAAGAUGCGACGAAGACAAAGAGUUAAUUAAUAACACGUAUAAAAUAUCAAAAGAAAAUUUAACAAACAAAGAAAAAAUUGUUGCUGCGUUAGCUGAAAAUUAUCUUCCAUUAUCGAUAGGUGAAUCUUGGAUAGAAGUUAAUCAACAUUUUCAAACGAAAGGAGUACGCCCGUUAGUUUUCGAUCAAAUACUAAUCGCUGCAAAGCUACAAGAACAUCGUGAAAGAGCCAAAUUAAUUCAAAUUGAUCAAUUGACAUGUGAAAUUUCUGAAAAUAAUCGCGAAAUUUGUGUUGAACGGCAAUUUUACGAACGUCUCCGAGAAGAAGUUCUCAACGAGUCUUUAGAUGCAUUAAACGAACUUCGAUAUUAUACAAGAUGCGUUGAUACAAUGGCUCGUUUAGAACAAUGUACUCAACUUACUUUUGAAACUGAAAAUGUGACCGCUGGUCGGCUUGAUAAAUCGAUGUUGGUCGACUAUCAUAAAACUUUACCCGAAUAUAUUAAUAUUACACCACAUUUUAAUCAACAUGUCAGCAUUCAAAGUAACGUCAUUAUUGAUCCUAACAAAGAAAAAACUCCAGAUGCAGUUUCUUUAGAUAGCACCGAGCAAGGAAUUAUAGCUGCAAAAAAAUUUGCUGAUUUAAUGCGUAAACGUGCUCCUAAUCCUAAUCCAACUUCUUAUGAUGUUACACGUUCGAAAUAUGCACGUUAUUACAGUGUUGAUUUUCAUUAAU